CUUUCAUUGUGCUUUCUUUCUUCGGACGAGACGCAUUCCUUUUGAGCCGUUUUGCUCGGUGAUGUUUGCAAUGAAUAAAAUAUUUUUUCUGUUCCAAAUAGUGUCAAUUUCAUUAAUGGUGUUAGUUGUUUGUGUAAACAGUGAUUUGACCUUACCCACUGAAGCAUGGGAGCCAAAAUCGGCCACAGAAUUGCGUGAUUUAAUUUAUACCAACAUCGUAAGGUUGAAGACCACAAAAGAACAAAAUCAACUGCUCAAACAAGAUCUCUCUUUACCAACCAAUCCAAUACAUGGAGUAACUGGUUUGCUGACCAACGGAUGUCAAUGUAUCAACGGAUUAUGUAGCUGUUGCACAGGUAUUUUUAGCAUGCGUGGCUGUAUUAAUUUGACUUAUAUACCAGAAGAUUUUGCUUUUGAUUUUAAAAUGCUUGUGAACAAUCGCGUGCUGUACAGAAAUAAAAUUACCGGAAGAAAUCCACCUCCUGUUUGCAUUGCUCCUCCUAGACUCGAUUUCAUCGAAGUAUGUGCAAGAUUCUAUGAUCUCUACUUUUUUGGGCGCAAUAUGCAUGUUUGCCUUGCAAUGAACGGCAAUUUUGAAGGAUUUGAACUUUUCUCGCGCCAAUUCAAUUGCCUUCGAAUGGGUGACAAAGGUAUCAAGGUAAUUAAACCCGGAGAAGAUACAUACCUGUCCAGUAGACCACCUGGGCUAGAAGCAGAGAUCGAUGCCGGCACUGACGAUAUAGAUGAUUACGAUGAUGCCUUCAUCUAGACCGUUCCAAAUAUACUCAGUACAAUAAGUAGAAUAAUAAUGUAUUUGUAAGACGAACAUUACUAAGGGAUUGAAACAUUCUAUCAUUGAUUGCUUUUAUUCACAAAUUUAGGUAUAGAAUUAUUUGAAUUAUUUCCAAUCCACACACGUUGUGGAAUGAAAUAUUAUACUGUUGGUUCUUGAAUUUGGCCCGGUUGGCGCAAAUGAAAAGAGUAUAACAGCAAGGUUUAUUUUUCAAGUUAAGGACUAAAAGGAUAUUUGCGCCUUGAGUGGUUGGCAGCUGAUAGAUAUAUUUUUAUAAAUACGUUUAUUUAAAUUGGCAUUAUGCAUUAGUUUUUUAUCAUCGCAGCAUCUGUUAUGGCCAAAUAUAUUAAUCAAUUUUUAAUUUCCUUUAAAUAUUAUUUAGUUAAGGUCCCAUUCCGGCUAUGUACCAGAAUAAGGUUCUGUAAACACCAUCCUCUAAAUAUGGGGUAUGUAGAGAUUCUGCAUAACCCAAUGUAUGCUUAAAUCGCACUCAUUUUUUUUUUAAUUUAGUAGAUAUUUUUUAUUCAGGCCUAUUUGCGUACAAGCUUUACGUGGCCGAUUGAGCCGAUUUUAUAAAUAAAUUUAUUUUUGAGUUGGAUCUCGUUGUCACCCUUUUUCUGGGGGGAGAGGAGCUUCCAUUUCCCUCCUGCGAGGAUUGAGGGGCCCUUCGUUCGUGGUUCGUCUCGUCAUCCAUUGCCACAUCGAUGGUAUUGUUGUUGGUUUCAUUGCUAGUUGCUGGAGAUGAGCCUUGUUGUACAUUGUUUGCUGUUGCUGGUUGGUUGGAUGGUAAGUUGUUCACUGCAGUUAAUGCACUUUGUUCUAUAGGGGAUACGUUGGAUGGUUUUGUUGAAGUGGAUGCUUCACUGUUGUUAGUGACUGU